AUGAGUCGUCAAAUCAUCUCCGGUGGCUGUCACCCGGCGGAGCAAAAAAACGGCGACUUUGUGACUCUCCGGCGACUGUCACCCGACGGAGAGGAGCUGGAUGGAGGUGGGGCGUGUGUCAGGGAGCUUCAUCCUCAAGUCCGCACUGCAAGAGGAGGCUCUUCAUCACAUCUAGUAUGCUCUCAAGAGGUGGCGACUUGUCUCCUGGCGGAUCGUCUUCUUCCUGACGACGGCUUGUUCGUCGAUCAAUCAGAGAUGCUUUACUCGAUGGAUUCACGAUCCUUGUAUCGCAAAUUGACGUGACUUAGUCAUUGUAUAUUAAAUCAUGCAAAUCUAAAAUUUAUAAAACUAGAAAAUACAAUUUUUCAGAUAUUUAGAAGUAUUUCUGAACAAAUAUAUCAAUUAUAAUUCAAUAAAACUUUCAAAAAUAGUAAUAAUUUUCCAGGUCGAUCAUAGGGAUGUAAUAUAAUAUUUGGUAAUUAUUCAGAUUUUUUUCUCAAUGAAUACGAUUUUCUAUGAAUUUUAUACUAGGAAAUGAAAAGGAAAUAUAUUUAAAAUUCACAAAAAAAGGAAAUAAGGGUGCAGACGUCAAGAUGAUGUCAGCGCCCGGCGAACGCGAAUCGGGCGGAAACAGAGUUCUGCCCAGCGAUUCUUACAUAAGCGAUUACAGACGAUUUAAUUGAUCAAAUUAAGAUUUGUAAAAGCCGAAAGAAUUGUAAUUGAACGAAGUAUAUUUUGGUAAAUUAAAAUCACACAAAGUAUUACUAAAUGAAGUGUAAAUUAAGUUUGAAAGUAGAAAAUAGAGUUCCGGCGUCGCGGCGGCGAUGCGUCGGCGAUGCACCGGAAUCUUAAGUGUUCGGGAGGAUCGUCGUGCAGUGUCCACGGCCUCAAAGGCUCUCCUUGGACAAAGACGACAUGGGCAAUCUCUAGAUCUCCUUGCGAAGUCUAGAGAUUAAUGAAAUGGGUCAUCGACUCGUCUCCGGUGGCUGUCACCCGGCAGAGUGGAAAAAUGGCAACUUUGUGGCUCUUCGGCGGCUGUCACUCGACGAAGAGGAGCUGGAUGGAGGUGGGGUGCGUGUCAGGGAGCUUCAUCUUCAAGUCUGCGCAGCAAGAGGAGGCUCUUCAUCACAUCUAGUACGCUCUCAGGAGGUGACGACUUGUCUCCCGGCGGAUCGUCCUCUUCCCGACGACGGCUUGUUCGUCGAUCAAUCGGAGAUGCUUUACUCGGUGGAUUCACGAUCCUUUUAUUGUGAAUCGUUCAGCAAUUUUAGUAACAAUGCUCCGUAAAUCGUGUUGAUGAGAUUUUUGCCGAUGAUCCAGCGAUUCUGGUUACUUAAUUCUUCACUGGCGAUCUGCAGGAAAGUCGCGAUAAUCAGAUAAAAAAAGAUGAGUUUUGGCUCUGGUAGGAUUUGAACCCACAUCAGUUGCCUGCCCUUUUUGGGGAAGGUGACGCGGGUUUAGUCCCACAUCGGCUGUGCGCCGAAGUUUCUGGCGAAUAUAAAGUAAUAUUACAUUCCCGAUCAAGCGUGCGUGUACGACCACUCCUUGCCCCACAGCCGGCUGGCCACCGGUGACGUGGAAGGGGAGUGGCGUAAACGUGCCCCCAUCGGUUCAAGCCGCUCGAGCCCCUGCUCGCGGCUAUUUCCCAACUGCACUUCCGACCCGCUCGCGGGUCCGGUUGGCUGGCAGGUCCCCCCAUUUUGCAAUAUUUUUAUUUUUAUUUCUUUUUCUUCAUAUAUCUCAAAAGUAAGAUUGUAAAAAUCAUAUAAAUUCGUAUAAAAUCACAUAAUUACCUAAAAAAUCACAUUAAUCAACUGAAAACCACUUUUCACACUUUAACACAAAUAUAAGUCUAUUUAUCAUGAGUUAAGGCUAAAACUAUAUUAUUUACUAAUUAUUAACUCAUGAUAAUGAAGACUUAUCACGAAUCGUUCAGCAAUUUUAGUAACAAUGCUCUGUGAAUCGCGUUGACGAGAUUUUUGCCGAUGAUCCAGCGAUUCUGGUUGCUUAAUCCUUCACCGGCGAUCUAUAGGAAAGUCACGAUAAUCAGAUAAAAAAGAUGAGUUUUGGCUCUAGGAGGAUUCGAACCCACGCUAGUUGCCCCACCCCUUCUAAGAAGGUGACGCAGGUUUAGUUCCACAUCGGUUGUGUGCCGAAUUUUCAGACAAAUAUAUAAUAAUGUUAGAUUUCUAAGCAAGUCCCUUUCUCGCGUGUGUCCCCCAUCGGUUCAAGCCGCUCGAGCCCCUGGUCGCGGCUACUCCUCGAUUGCACUUCCGACCCGCUUGCCCUGGCUGGCCGGCGGGUCCCCCCAUUUUGCUAUAUUUUUAUUUUAAUUUAUUUUCCUUUAUUUAUCUCAAAAGUAAGAUUAUAAAAAUCUUAUAAAAUCACAUAAUUACCUAAAAAUUCACGUUAAUCAACUGAAAACCACUUUUCACACUUUAACACAAAUAUAAGUCUAUUUAUCAUGAGUUAAGGCUAAAACUAUAUUAUUUACUAAUUAUUAACUCAUGAUAAUGAAGACUUAUCACACCCCCCAACUUAAAUCAUUGCUAGUCCCUUAGCAAUGGAAUUACGAAAAUAAAAAUUUACAAAUCUCAAACAUCAUAUUUCAAUACAUAAAAAAAAUACAAUUAGAAAUGAUGCACCUUUUGACACUUUGGACUCUUAUAUCAAGUAUUUAAGAAUGAUGUCAAGCACUUAGAUGUUUAAGUACUCCUUGGAAUAACAAUCUAGACUUCACUUCUUCUAUUCACAUCUUUAUCAAUUCUUCACUCAUAGAUAUAUUUACAAGAUGUUCCAAUUAUCAAUAAUCAUCCAAGAAUAAUAUUGACCCUACAUUUUCCUUUUUCUACGGCUUGAUUUUUGAAGUGUGCACUAUAUUUCUUCCUUCUUUUUUUUUUUUGAUAUAUAUAGUGGAUAAGUAGCUUUUCCUGUAGACAAAUUUCGACAAUAAGAAUGAUGUCUCACACCCUCCAUGUGUACUCUUCAUUUUCAAGGCUUUCACUUUAUCCACUUAUUUUGCAGCAAGUGUUUUUCUAUACACGAUUUUCGACAAUGAGAAUGAUGUCUCAUACCCUCUAUGUGUACUCUUUGUUUCUAGAUUUUUCACAUUGCUCCCUCUUUUUUUUCGAAAUAAGUGAUUUCUCCUCACAAGUCCUAUUGAUCAGGGUGCAAAAAUCUCUAUUAAACUCAAAUGAUCAAUCAAAUUUUCACAUCAAGUAAAUACUAUCCAUCAAGAUCAUGAAGUGAAAAUCUGUAAAAUCAAAUCCAUGUUAUCUAUCAUGUAUCCAAGGAGUAUUCCAACAUUUCAUGCUACUAGAUCAUUCUUUUGACUCAAUAAUAAUCUUCCUAGUAUCUUUUGGUAUCAAUCAAUCUAAUUGAUUUAAUUUUUUAUGCAUGCAAUAUGAUGUAAGAAAUUUGUAAAUUAGAUAGUUCUGACAAUUCUAUUUUUUGUUUUCAGUUCUAUUUUUAGCAACAAUAAAUUUGUCAAAAAUAAAUCAAAACUAUCCUCUUUAUAGCUGUAAUUUCGAAUUUCAGUAAUAUAUGUCUAGGGGAUUGAAAUGUGAGAAAAGGGUCUCUAGAAUUUCAAGUUUCGGGCUGGUUUUUGUCUGCUGUUUUUGAUAGUCUCUUGUUCCUGACAGAAAAUCAGAAAAUAGAUGUUGCAGUCUUUCCGAAUUUUAUUUAUUAUUAUUAUUUUUUAAGUUGCUGUUCUAAUGCAAACACAUGUACUUAAUCAUCCUACAGCAUAAAUUAAUAAUGAAUACUUCCCCCCCAACUUAAAAAUGACAUUGUCCUCAAUGACACAGAAAAUCGAAACAGAAUAUGCAGAAAAUAUAAUUUUCAAGUGAAGCAUGCAUAUGUGCAAAGUUAAGCAUUAAAAAUAUUUUCAUAAAUGAUAAAGCUUAGAAAGACAUCACCCCAACCUCGUUUUUAAUUUUCCACUUCAUCUUACACUCCUCCUCCUGCACUUUUUCGAAAAAACAAAUACAGAAACAAGUACUACAAAAUUCUAAGAAAAACAGAGCUUAGAAAAAAAUCAAACAGAAUAAAAUAAAAAUGAUGGGUUGCCUCCCAUGCAGCACUGGAUUUAAUGUCUUCAGCUGGACAGCUCUUAGAUCAUAUAAGAUGGAUCUAUGGCCAUCAAAAUAUAUUUGUAUCCCAAGGUAAGUUUCAUGAUAUUUCUUUUCAGAUUUAGCAUAAAUUCAUUUCCCAAAAAUAAUAUUUCUAUUUUGAAAAGAAUCUUUCCUCAUUUCUAUCUUGUUUUGUAAGGCUCUCAUUCAUUAAUAAAUACUUUCUAUUAAUAGACCAUAAAAUGUGAUCAGGCCAUAUAAUUUUCAAAUUAGCUCUUACCCAAUCUAAAUUCUUUUCAUCUAAAUUGAUAUCUCUAAUUCUUCCACUCACCCAUUUCUUAAUGUCUUCUUUUAUCUGCAUAAUCUUCCCCUGCUCCAUUUUAUCUUCCAUACAUAUUUGUUCAAUUUGCGAGGAGUGAAAUAUUUCAAGCUUAGAAAUAAUUAUAAUGGGCUGUGGGCUUUGAAAGAUGGAAGGAUUGUCUUCUUUAAUCUCAGAUCUAACGAAUUCAGUAAAAUUCAAAUUUUCUCCUCCAAAAUUAUCUCUAUAUUCAUAUUCAUUAUUUUCAUUUCUCCCCAUUAGUUGAAUCAACUCUUUUUCUAACUUUUCAUUUCUCAACUCAUCAAAUUCUUCAUCUUCCCAAGAGCUAUCUUUUAAUUUCGGUAUAUGAUAUACAUCAUUAUCCUCACUAUCAACAUCCAUGGCUGCAAAAUUAUGAUUGGUGAUAAGUCUUCAUUAUCAUGAAUUAAUAAUUAGUAAAUAAUAUAGUUUUAGCCUUAACUCAUGAUAAAUAGACUUAUAUUUGUGUUAAAGUGUGAAAAGUGGUUUUCAGUUGAUUAAUGUGAUUUUUUGGGUAAUUAUGUGAUUUUAUACGAAUUUAUAUGAUUUUUAUAGUCUUAGUUUUGAGAUAAAUGAAGAAAAAGAAAUAAAACUAAAAAUAUUGUAAAAUGGGGGGACCCACCGACCAGCCGGGCCCGCAAGCGGGUUGGAAGCGUAGUCGGGGAGUAGCUGCGAGUAGGGGCUCGAACGGCGUGAACCGAUGAUGUGGGCACGUGUGCGCCACUCCCCUUCCACGUCACCGGUGGCCAGCCGACUGUGGGGCAAAGAGUGGUCGUACAUGCGCGGUUGAUUGGGAAUGUAAUAUUACUUUAUAUUCGCUAGAAACUUCGGCGCACAACCGAUGUGGGACUAAACCCGCGUCUUCUUCCCCAAAAAAGGCGGGGCAACCGGCGCAAGUUCGAAUCCUCCCAGAGCCAAAACUCAUAUUUUUAUCUGAUUAUCGUGACUUUCCUGCAGAUCGCCGGUGAAGGAUUAAGCAACAAAAAUCACUAGAUCAUCGGCGAAAAUCUCGUCAACGCAAUUCGCGGAGCAUUGUUACUAAAAUUACAGAAAGAUUCGCGAUAAAAGGAUCGUGAAUCCAUCGAGUAAAUCAUAUCUGAUUGAUCGACGAACAAGCCAUCGUUGGGAAGAGGACGAUCUGUUGGGAGACGAGUCGCCACCUCCUGAGAGCGUACCAGAUGCGAUGAAGAGCCUCCUCUUGCUGCGCGGACCUGAGGAUGAAGCUCCUUGACACGUGCCCCACCUCCAUCUAGCUCCUCUCCAUCGGGUGACAGCCGCCGGAGAGCCGCAAAGUCGCCAUUUUUCCGCUCUGUCGGGUGACAGCUGUUGGAGACGACUCGACGACCCAUUUCAUUAAUCUCUAGACUUCACAAGGAGAUCUAGAGAUUGCCCACAUCGUCCUUGUCCAAGGAGAGCCUUCGAGGCCGUGGACACUACACAACUAUCCUCCCGAAUGCUCAGGAUUCCGGUGCAUCGCCGACGCAUCGCCGCCGCGACGCCGGAACUCUAUUUUCUUGCUUUCAAACUUAAUUUACGCUUCAUUUAGUGAUACUUUGUGUGAUUUUAAUUUACCAAAAUAUACUUCGUUCAAUUACGAUUCUUCUAGCUUUUACAGAUCUUAAUUUGAUUAAUUAAAUCGUUUGUAAUCGCUUACGUAAGAAUCGCCGGGUGGAACUCUGUUUCCGCUCGAUUCGCGUUCGUCGAGCACUGACGUCAUCCUGACGUCUACACCCUUAUUUCCUUUUUUCGUGAAUUUUAAAUAUAUUUCCUUUUCAUUUCCUAGUGUAAAAUUCAUAGAACAUUGUAUUCAUUCAGAAAAAAUCUGAAUAAUUACCAAAUAUUAUAUUACAUCCUUGUGAUUGACCUGGAAAAUUAUCGCUAUUUUUGGAAGUUUUAUUGAAUUAUAAUUGAUAUAUUUUUUCAAAAAUACUUCUACAUAUCUAAAAAAUUGUAUUUUCUAGUUUUAUAAAUUUUAGAUUUGCGUGAUUUAAUAUACAACGACUGAGUCACGUCAAUUAGGUUUAUUAAUUUUGUCUCCUACAUCUCCCAAAUCAACUGAUUUUUCCUCACUUGAAAUAUGUUUCUCUUCAUUUCUGUCCUUACUCCCUUCUACUAAAAUUUGGAUGAUUCUUCCAUGAUCAGCUGCUAUUUCUUCAUCUAAGGGCUCUUUCUCCUCAUCAUCCUCACUAUAUUCAUUCAUCAGUUGUGAGCAAUAAAUGAUUUUAUUCAAUUUUUCUACUACUAUAUUUCCAGCCUUAAUAUUCUCAUUUACUUCUAAUGGCUCAUCAAUUUCUUCUAAUAAUUGGAAAUAUGGAUCAAGUAAAAUAUUCUCACUCAAUGUAUUCACUGUCCUAAAAUUUUCAUUUCGUGGUUUUUUUUCUAAAUUUAUCCCGCUAGACUCUCCUUAUUGAAAUCCUACUAUUGGACAAUUUCCUAAAUUUUCUAUAGGCUGAUUAAGUGGUUGUCCCUCUUCUCUCUUAUUCCCAAAAGUUUCUAUAAUUUAUUUCUAGUGCAGCAUCGUUUGAUUCAUAGUUUGUUGCAUCAUUUGGCUCAUUUGCUGCAUCAUUUCCAUAGUAUCAGGUUGGGUUUGAGAGGGCUGAUUUUUCUGAAAUCUGUUUUCUUGUUUUAGACGAAAUUUAGAGUUUGAAUUGGGUCUAAGUGCUUCUGGAUUUUGAAUAUUAUUUGAGUCUCUCUAUGAAAAAUUAUUCCUCUAAUUAGGAUUAUAAGAAUUUGAAAAAGGUUUCCUAUUUCUAUUAAAACCGUGAGCUACUUGCACUUGUUCUUGCCUAGGGUGAAAUAAUUGAUCUAAAUUAUAGCAUUGAAAUUCAGAAUAAUCAUUUUCACCAUACAUAGGACAUGUACUAUUUGAAUUAAAUUGAGGGUUAAGAGGCUUUCUAAUAUUGUCAAUAAGUAAAUCAAGUUUUUCUAAUCUUUGAUUAAUCUGAUUAACUUUAUUUCUCAAUUUAGAAUCAUCAUCAUGAUGCAAUUCAUAAAUUCCUCUCUUCUUAUCCCUGUCAUAUAAUUCAAAAGAGGCUUGAUCUCUAGAAUUUUCACUUAAAUUUUCAUAAAGACUGUAAAUCUCAUUAGGGGUUUUCUCCAUAAAAGCUCCUCCACAUAUAGAAUCAACCAUAUUUCUAUGUUGUUCUAAUAAUCCAUCAUAAAAAAUUCUAUUGAGCUGCCACUUGGGUAUAGCAUGAUGAGGACAUAUUCUAAGUAAAUCUUUGAAUUUUUCCCAUGUCUCAUGCAAAGUUUCUCCUGGUCUUUGAGAAAAAUUCCAUAUAUGUUUUUUCAUAUUUUAAGUUUUUCCUAAGGGAUAAAAUUUUUGAAGAAAAGCCUGUUCUAUGUCUUUCCAGCUAGUUAAUUCUCUAUCUAAUGUGGAUAGCUAAUGGCUAGCUUUGUCCCUAAGUGUAUGAGGAAAUAAUUUCAUCUUAAUAAUUUACGGUGUAACUUGAGGGAGGUUAACUAAAUCACAAAUCAUAUAAAUUUUUUCUAAGUGCUGAUGAGGCUCCUCUAAAGGCAAUCCAUGAAAAUUAGGGAGCAUUUGAAAAAUUCCUGGAUUUAUUUCAAAUUUAAUAGUGGGUGCUAAUGGGACUUUAAUAUUGGAUGCUCUUUGAAAUGAAUCAGGGAUAUAAUAAUUUUUCAUGGCCAUAGGAUUGUUCUCAGUUUGACCUGUACUUUCUUCAAGAUCUAUCAAAAUUAAUUUUUUUCUUUCAGAUUUUAAGUUUUGAAUGAAAUAAUGAAAGGAUUUUCUAGCCUUGGAUGCAGGGAUCUUCCACCAUGCAUUAAAAAAAUCAAUAAAUUCGAGGGGAAAAAGUUUAGUAAUUGUUACCCUCUUUCAGUAUGCUCUAGUCCUUGCCUUUCUUCUUUUCGUUCCCUUUUUCUAAAAAAAAAUUUCGGCAAGAAAAAAAUAAAACAAGAGUUAUUUUUUUUUUUGUGUACUCUAAGAGAAAAAUAGAAAAAUACUAAAUGUAUGCAAUACAUCCCCGGCAGCGGCACCAAAAUUUGACGUGACUUAGUCGUUGUAUAUUAAAUCACGUAAAUAUAAAAUUUAUAAAACUAUAAAAUACGAAUUUUUGGAUAUUUAGAAGUAUUUCUGAAAAAAUAUAUUAAUCAUAAUUCAAUAAAAAUUUCCAAAAAUAGCAGUAAUUUUCCAAGUCAAUCACAAAGAUGUAAUAUAAUAUUUGGUAAUUAUUCAGAAUUUUCAGCAAAGAAUACUAUUUUGUAUGAAUUUUAUACUAGGAAAUGAAAAGGAAAUAUAUUUAAAAUUCACAGAAAAAGGAAAUAAGGGUGCGGACCUCAGGAUGAAGUCAGCGCCCGGCGAACAUGAAUCGGGCGGAAAUAGAGUUCUGCCCGACGAUUUUUACGUAAGCGAUUACAGACGAUUUAAUUGAUCAAAUUAAGAUUUGUAAAAGCAAGAAGAAUCGUAAUUGAACGAAGUAUAUUUUGGUAAAUUAAAGUCACACAAAUUAUCACUAAAUGAAGCGUAAAGUAAGGUGAAAGUAGGAAAAUAGAGUUCCGGCAUCACGACGGCGAUACGUCAGCGAUGCACUGGAAUCCUAAGCGUUUGGGAGGAUAGUCGUGUAGUGUCCACAGUCUCAAAGGCUCUCCUUGGACAAGGACGAUGUGGGCAAUCUCUAGAUCUCCUUGCGAAGUCUAGAGAUCAAUGAAAUGGGUCGUCAAAUCAUCUUCGAUGGCUAUCACUUGACGAAGCGGAAAAAUGGCGACUUUGCGGCUCUCUGGCGGCUGUCACCCAACGAAGAGGAGCUGGAUGGAGGUGGGGCGUGUGUCAGGGAGCUUCAUCCUCAAGUCCGCGUAGCAAGAGGAGGCUCUUCAUCGCAUCCGGUACACUCUCAGGAGGUGGUGACUCGUCUCCCAGCAGAUCGUCCUCUUCUCGAUGAUAGCUUGUUCGUCGAUCAAUCGGAGAUGCUUUACUCGGUGGAUUCGCGAUCCUUUUAUCGUGAAUUGUUCAUUUAUUUUAGUAGCAAUGCUCUGUGAAUCGCAUUGACGAGAUUUUUGCCGAUGAUCCAGCGAUUCUGGUUGCUUAAUCCUUCAACGGCGAUCUACAAGAAAGUCGCGAUAAUCAGAUAAAAACAUAUGAGUUUUGGUUCUAAGAGGAUUCAAACCCGUGCUAGUUGCCCCGCCCCUUCUGGGAAGGUGACGCGGGUUUAGUCCCACAUCGGUUGUGCACUAAAUUUUCGGGCAAAUAUAUAGUAAUGUUAGAUUUUUAAGCAAGUCCCUUUCUCGCGCGUGUACAACCACUUCUUAUCCCAUAGCCAGCUGGCCAUCGGUGACGUGGAAGGGGAGUGGCGCACACGUGCCCCCAUCGGUUCAAGCCGCUCGAGCCCCUGCUCGCGGCUACUCCCCAACUGUACUUCCGACCCACUUGCGAGCCUGGCUGGCCGGCGGGUCCCCCCAUUUUACUAUAUUUUUAUUUUAAUUUCUUUUCCUUCAUUUAUCUCAAAAAUAAGACUGUAAAAAUCGUAUAAAUCAAAUAAUUAUCCAAAAAUUCACAUUAAUCAACUUAAAACAACUUUUCACACUUUAACACAAAUAUAAGUCUAUUUAUCAUGAGUUAAGGCUAAAACUAUAUUAUUUACUAAUUAUUAACUCAUGAUAAUGAAGACUUAUCAGUCACCCGACGAAGAGGAGCUAGAUGGAGGUGGGGCGCAUGUUAAGGAGCUUCAUCCUUACGUCCGUGCAGCAAGAGGAGGCUCUUCAUCACAUCCAGGAUGCUCUCAAGAGGUGGCAACUCGUCUCCCUGCAGAUCGUCCUCUUCUCGACAAUGACUUGUUCAUCGAUCAAUUAGAGAUGAUUUACUUGAUAGAUUCGUGAUCCUUUUAUCGCGAAUCAUUUUCAGCAAUUUUAGUAACAAUGCUUUGCGAAUUGCGUUCACAAGAUUUUUGGCAAUGAUUUAAUGAUUUUAGUGACUUAAUCCUUCACUGGUGAUCUACAAGAAAGUGAAGAUAUUCCAUCAUUGGGCUCUCGGAGGAUUCAAACCCGUGCCGAUUGCCCGCCUACAUGA